AUGGAGGGCUUUCGGGAGAACCUCCUGGAGACUAGCUCUGUUCCCGGAUCCGAGGAGUCAGCUAGGGUCCCCGAGAUAUUGUCAUCCGAGGUGUCGGAGGGCUGUGCCCGGCCCCUGGAGGCGACCCCGAAGAAACUCUGUGGAUAUUUGAGUAAGUUUGGCGGCAAAGGGCCCAUUCGGGGCUGGAAAUCCCGCUGGUUCUUCUACGAUGAGAGGAAAUGUCACCUGUAUUAUUCGCGCACCGCGCAGGAUGCCAACCCCUUGGACAGCAUCGACGUCUCUAGUGCAGUCUUUGACUGCAAGGCGGACGCUGAGGAGGGGACUUUCGAAAUCAAGACUCCCAGCCGGGUUAUUACCCUCAAGGCUGCUACCAAGCAAGUGAUGCUCUACUGGCUGCAGCAGCUCCAGAUGAAGCGCUGGGAGUUCCACAACAGCCCACCUGCACCUUCCGCUGCCCCUGAUGCCACCCUGGCUGGGAACCAGCCUGCCCUGCACCUCGAGCUAGAGUCAGAGGAGGCGGGGCUGGAGGAGUUCCUGUGCCCUGUGAAAUCGCCUACUGGGCUGGUGGGCGUGGCUGCUGCCUUGCAGCCUGUCCCCACCAUGUCGUCAGCCCUUCAGAAUAUUUCCCUCAAACAUCUGGGAACUGAAAUACAAAACACAAUGUAUAACAUCCGAGGCAACAAGCAGGCCCAAGGAGCAGGCCAGGGCCCUCCAGGGGAAGAUUCUCUCCAAAGUGGGGAGCCUCAGAAGGAGGAGCAGCCCUUGCCCCCUGAUCUCUGCACCCCAGGGAGGGAGCCAGCAGAGUCUCCAAAGCCUACGCCCAAGUCUCUAACAGCCAAUCUGAUUCAGAAAGCCAAACGCCAGAACAACACCUUCCCACGCUUUCCUGAAGGGCUCACACGUGGCCGAACCUCCCAGGAGAAGAUGGAGGCCUUGGAGCAGCAGGUUCUGAUACUCACCAAGGAGUUAAAUUCUCAGAAGGAGCUGGUGAAGAUCCUGCACAAGGCGCUGGAGGCUGCCCAGCUGGAGAAGAGGACAUCAAGCGCCUACCUGAUGGCACCCGAGGACAAGGACCGGCUGGAACUAGUGCGCCACAAGGUGCGGCAGAUCGCGGAGCUGAGCGGGCGGGUGGAGGCACUGGAGCAGGAACGGGAGAGCCUGGUGCAGACGGCGAGCCUGCGGGAGCAGCAGGUUCAGGAGCUGCAGCAGCAGGUGCGGCUGCUCAUGGACAAGAACCAGGCCAAACAGCAGGUCAUCUGUAAGCUCUCUGAGGAGGUCACCCGGGACUUCAUGCACCCCCUAGACCAUCCACCCGCGCCCUCUGAUGCUGCUGACAGGGACUUCCUGAGCCAACAGGAGAAGAUGGAGCACCUGAAGGAUGACAUAGAAGCAUACCGGACCCAGAACCGCUUCCUCAAUGCCGAGAUCCAUCAGGUGACAAAGAUCUGGAGAAAAGUGGCUGAGAAGGAGAAGAACCUCCUGACGAAGUGUGCCUACCUCCAAGCCAAGACUUGCCAGGUGGAAAGCAAGUACCUGGCAGGGCUGCAGAGGCUGCAGGAGACCCUAGGGGAGGAGGCCAGCAAGUGUCCAGAGCUGCUGCGCCAGCUCAUCCAGGAGGCGCUUCAGUGGGAGGCCAGCGAGGCCGUGGCUGACAGCGUCGGACUGAGCCCCAUCAGCGAAUAUGAUGAGUACGGCUUCCUGGCGGUGCCUGACUACGAGGUAGAAGACCUGAAGCUGCUGGCCAAGGUCCAGGUGCUGGAGGUCCGCUCCCACCACCUGCUGGCCCAGGAGGAGCGGCCAUUGCGAGAACGCUGGGCUGCCCUGGGGGAGCUGGCCCCCUCAGCUGAACUCAAGCAGCUGCUGCGGGCGGGUGUGCCCCGAGAGCACCGGCCACGUGUCUGGAGGUGGCUUGUCCAGCUCCGGGUGCAGCACUUGCAGGUCCCUGGCCACUAUCAGAAGCUCCUGAACCAGCGCCAGGCCUGUGAGCACCCUGCUGCCCGUCAGAUCGAGCUGGACCUGAACCGUACCUUCCCCAACAACAAACACUUCAGCUGCCCCACCUCCAACUUCCCUGACAAGCUCCGCCGGGUGCUACUGGCCUUUUCCUGGCAGAAUCCCACCAUCGGCUACUGCCAGGGUCUGAACAGGCUGGCGGCCAUUGCUCUGCUGAUCCUGGAGGAGGAGGAGAGCGCCUUCUGGUGCCUGGUGGCCAUCGUGGAGACCAUCCUGCCGGCCGAUUACUACAGCAAGACGCUGACAGCCUCUCAGGUGGACCAGCGAGUGCUCCAGGACCUCCUCUCAGAGAAGAUGCCCAAGCUGAUGGCCCACCUGGGGCAGCACCAUGUGGACCUCUCCCUCAUCACCUUUAACUGGUUCCUCGUGGUCUUUGUGGACAGUCUCAUCAGUGACAUAUUCCUCCGGGUCUGGGAUGCCUUCCUGUAUGAGGGGACAAAGGUGGUGUUCCGCUAUGCCUUAGCCAUUUUCAAGUACAAUGAGGAGGAGAUUCUGAGGCUUCAGGACGGCCUGGAAAUCUACCAGUAUCUGCGCUUCUUCACCAAGACCAUUUUCAACAGCCGGAAGCUGAUGAAUAUAGCCUUCAACGACAUGAACCCCUUUCGGAUGAAGCAGCUGAGGCAGCUGCGGAUGGUCCACCGGGAGCGGUUGGAGGCUGAGCUGCGGCAGCUGGAACGCAUCAAGGCCGAGUACCUGGAGACCAGGGCCUUCCAGGGCCGAGUAGCACCCAAGGGCUGUGCCAGUGAAGAUGAGGGCGAAGUUUCCCAGCCUCUGUCCUGGUGGCACAAAGGCCAGCAGUUAAAUGUAUCCAGAGGCUCCACAGAAAAGAUCUGA